GUUUUAUUUUAAUUUAGUCUAUACCCAGUGACGGUGACUGCAACUUCCUGUUUUGAUUUCACGAAAAAUUCCCAGGAAAAUGUCAUUUCUUUGACAAAUGACUGUAUAUAUUCUGAAACUAAUGGAAUUAUAUCUCUAACAUUUUGUGUCCAAGAUGUCAUCAUCAAAGCGUGUAAACACUACAGCCACUGCAAGGUUACGGCAGGAUUAUAUGAGAAUCAUGAAAGAUCCUGUACCAUACGUGAAAGCUGCACCAUUGCCUUCAAAUAUCUUGGAGUGGCACUAUCUAGUGGUUGGACCAGAAAACUCUCCAUAUGAAGGGGGCACAUAUCAUGGAAAGCUGGUCUUUCCUCGUGAAUUUCCCUUCAAACCUCCAAGUAUAUAUAUGAUUACACCAAAUGGAAGGUUUAAACUAAAUACAAGAUUGUGUUUAAGUAUCAGUGACUUCCACCCAGACACCUGGAAUCCUGCCUGGUCUGUGUCAACUAUUCUUACAGGAAUGUUGAGUUUUAUGUUAGAGAAGACACCUACACUUGGUAGCUUAGAGACUUCGGAUUACACUAAAAGACAGCUGGCAGCACAGAGUAAUUCUUUCAACUUGAAAGACAAAAUAUUUUGUGAGUUAUUCCCUGAAGAUGCAGAGAAAAUCAGAGAAGAUAUCAAGAAGCGCGAAGAGGAGAUGAUUGAAUCAACAAAAUUAGCUGUACAAAAUACAAACCAGUCUAGUUCAAAUCGUGCAGUAAAUGGAGGCGAAGACAGAAAUAACGGACUUCUAGGCAGUGCAUUAUCUAAUAUACUCGUGAUAGUUGGUUUUGCUAUGUUUGCCUAUACAGUAAAGUGUGUUCUAAGGACUAUCGUAGAAUAGAGAUGUGGAAUUGAAAACACAACUGGAUAUAUUGUGACUUUCAUGGCUACGUUUUACUGUUAGAAGCAGAUAUUUUUACAAAGCCAAAUUCUUUUUUACAGAAAUUUUGAAAGACUUAGAACAGUACAGUCUUAGCCAGCUCUGCCGUGGAUUCAUUCACGCAGAUUUUAUUUUGUUAAUUUUCCUUGCUUGUGCUUAACCCUUAGCCUGCUGCAGGCGAAUUUAACAGCCUUUGCAAACAGCUUGGAACCAGAUCAGACGCCGAUUAAAUCGGCGUCUGAUCAGGUUCCAAGCUGUUUGCUACUCUGACAAUAUUUCUUCCAAUUUUGGAGCAAAUUAAAUGAACUUUACAAUUUUAGCAGACGACAUUUCCAGCAGACGACAAUUUAUCUAGCAUGCUAAAGGUUAAAGGAACAUGCCUCCAGGCGAUUGUCAAAAUUUUUAAUUUUUGAGAAAAAAAAGAACAUUGAAGGUAAUUGUAUCACAAGUAAUACACCAGUAUUGUUUAAGCAAAUAUUUUAAUUAUGUAUGAUGUCAAGUAGAGCUAUAUUACUUCCACUUUGUAUUAACACACUUUUGAAAGUUUUCCAAUCGUUUUUUUGGCUAAAAAUAAAUAAAUACAUCUUAAAAUGUAACAAA